AAUAGUUGAUUCAUGGUAAAUACUGUUGAGGCAGUUACCGAAGUAUCGACCACUGGGCUUGCCCCUGCAAGUUCAUCUGUUGAUAAGUGGAUAACUAAACUCAAUUGCAAGAAUGGAGGAUCGAAACGCUCUUGCUGCAGAUUGCAUUGUCAUAUCGUGCUGCUGCCAGUGCCUGAUUCUGCAGCUCAUCAUCUUCAUCUUGCUCAGGCUUCCAUCCCGGAUGAUUCGGAAGACGAAACGGUAUGUGAAAAGGCGGCUGAGAAGCAGGAAGCGGGCCGAGAAGGUUGUGCAGAUAGAAGUGUGUGGAUAUGGAGAUGGAAGCUCGAGAAGGUGUGGCGGGUCACCUGCUAGGGUUUUGCAGGUUGGAGAUGAUGGGUUCCCAUUUAGUGACUGCAGUUUUGGGUGCUGUAUGGAUGAAGUUGAUAGGGUUUUGGAGGAGUUUUCACAGAAAGGGGAAUUUGGUUUUGGGAGCUUUUGGGGUGGUGAUGUUUCAAAGAGAGUGUUUUCUUAUUGUGAAACCAAACAAGAAGUGGAUUAUGAUUGUUUUCAUCAUCAUUUGUUAGAAACCUUUGGUUCUUUCAACUUCAAGCAAUAGCCUUUCCUAGCAUUCAUUCAAAAACCUUGUCUCCAUGAAUAUCCAAUAAUUACAUCAUAUAGAAUGGAAGAUUAUGAUCUAUAAUGCAUAAGAACUCUUCAGGGUUAGUGUUUUCAAGCAUAUUGAAAAACAAAAACACCAUACCCUACCUUUCAAAAAUGUUUCAUAUUUGACGGGCAA